UGAUUCAUUUCAUCAUUUCAGUUCAUUCAUCUUAUCGGAAAAAGCAGCUGGAUUAAUUAUCUCGUGCUUCCCUCGUGGUCUGAUCUGGUCUUCCUCCAGCUGAAAUUUGCACUAUACAACCAUUUCCUGGAGGGGGGAAGGAUAUAGCAAACCGGAAAUGGAAUACAAAUAAUUAUCCAAAACAGACCGGAAAAGAUAGAAAAAAGUGUGUAAAUUUGUGUGUCUGUGCAUGGUUUUUUAUGGGAGAUGAUGAAAUAUUUACAAUGUACGGAUAAGUCGAGGAUUACUGUGAUGACGUGGCGAAAAAAAGUGUGCACCUGAUAACUUGACCACUCCUCCGGUCACUUCCUUCCUCCAAGGAACUUCUCGCCCCGUGUGGAUCUUCAUCAGUCUCUAAAGUGUGGUGCAGUGGUGGUGUCAUAUCUUAUCAAGAAAUCAAGUGAUUCUCAAUAAAUACAUAGAUAACAAUGAAUAACGGAACGGACAAAUCGUGGCCGCCACAUGUGGGCAUUGUCGCCCUCGAGAUCUACUUCCCCUCGCAGUACGUCGACCAAACUGAGCUCGAGGAAUUCGAUGGGGUUUCCGGGGGCAAGUAUACGAUCGGGUUGGGCCAGUCGAAAAUGGGGUUUUGCUCGGAUCGCGAAGACAUCAACUCGUUGUGCUUGACGGUGGUGAAGAAUCUCAUGGAGAAGCAUAAUAUUGGGUACGAGAAAAUUGGGAGAAUUGAGGUGGGCACGGAGACCAUUUUGGAUAAGUCCAAGAGCGUCAAGUCCGUCCUCAUGCAGCUCUUCGAGGCCAGCGGGAACACGGACAUUGAGGGAGUCGAUACCACGAAUGCGUGCUAUGGGGGGACCGCCGCUCUCUUCAAUUCGUUGUCGUGGGUCGAGUCAAGUGCUUGGGAUGGUCGUUACGCCCUCGUCGUUGCGGGAGAUAUUGCCGUUUAUGCGUCGGGCGCUGCUCGUCCGACCGGUGGGGCUGGUGCCGUGGCGAUGUUGGUUGGUCCCAAUGCGCCCCUUGUGAUUGAGAGAGGUCUUCGAGCUUCUCACUCUGCGCACGUCUACGACUUCUACAAGCCCGACUUGGAGUCUGAGUUUCCACGUGUGGAUGGGAAAUUGUCCAUCCAAUGCUACCUCUCCUCGCUGGACAAGUGUUACAAGCGAUUUUCAGAGAAGGCGAAGGCGAAAAAUUCCGAAACGAUUUCUCUCGAGUCCUUCGAUGGGAUCUUGUUCCACUCUCCGUACUGCAAAUUGGUUCAAAAGUCGUUGGCCAGGUUGCUUCUGAAUGACGCAAUUUCUCUCCCGGAGGCCGACGUGAAGAGCAAAUAUUCUGACUUGGAGUCUAUUCGAAGCGUCAAGUUGGAGGACACCUAUUUUGAUCGGGACGUUGAAACGAAGGUGGUUUCCAGCUCAAAGAAAAUAUUUGAAGGGAAGACGAAACCAUCGCUGCAUUUGGCGAAUCAGGUCGGAAACAUGUACACGCCGUCGGUUUAUGGUGGUUUGGUUUCUUACUUGGCGAGUAAAACGGAAGCUCAGCUCGUGGACAAUCGAGUGUGCGUGUUCUCUUACGGAUCUGGUCUUCAAGCUUCCAUGUAUUCAAUUCGAAUCUGCAAGGCGAACGGACAACUGACCAAACUUCUCGGUGGAAUUUCCGACGUCAACUCUCGCCUCGACUCUAGAAAGAAAAUUCAACCUGCUCUCUUUGAAAAAACCAUGACGCUACGACAAGAAGUUCAUCAUAAAGCUCCCUACGUACCCGUCGAACCGGUGGCUGACUUCUUUCCAGGAACGUACUAUCUGGAAAGUGUGGAUGACAUGCAUCGCCGAAAGUACACGCGAAAAAUGAAGUAAAAAAAGGUCACGGAUUCCUCUCCUGUGAUUCAAACCCGCACAAGAACAAAGCUGAUUUUCUUUCUAACAAGAAGAAAAAAGGUUUCGUUUAUAGUUCGGUAUACCGGUGCUAAUGUAUUAAUAUAUAGAAUAAGCUAGAAAAAUUAUAUAAUUAUACGCGACACAAAUUCUAUCAUGCCCAUUUCCACUGUAAUAGUUUUAAGUUAGUAAAAACGAAAAGUAUGUAAUUAAAUUGUUAUGUAGCAAAUUUUAACCUUUUCACGUUACAAGUUGUUUUUUGCUAUUAAAGAAAGAACCAAAGAAAUGGAAUGGAAGUGACAAAUAUCUGGUAGUAAAAUAAUACGGUGAGUUAGUGGAUCUGACAAAAUUCGAUUUGUUUAAAAAUUAUUGAGACAAGAAAUAUAUCAAUUUCUACAAAAUUCUAUUGUGAUUUUGAGCAAAUAAAUUGAUUGGCGAAUAAAAUUA